UGUAAGCGUCAUUCUUGUAUUAUCAGGGAAGCUGUUCAUACACAGGACUGCACAUCCUUUCUCUCAACAGUAGCACUUAAUAGAGCUGUCUCUUAUCAGCAGCAGCAGACAUGAGUUUCUUUGGUUUCGGUCAGAGUGCGGACAUCGACAUAGUCCUAAAUGACGCAGAGACGAGAAAGAAAGCUGAGCAUAAAAGCGAAGAUGGAAGGAAGGACAAAUAUUUCCUCUUCUACGACGGAGAAACAGUGUCUGGCAAAGUAAACGUUACUCUCAAGUACCCGGGAAAAAGACUGGAGCACAAUGGCAUCAAGAUCGAAUUUGUGGGCCAGAUAGAGCUGUACUACGACAGAGGAAACCACCAUGAGUUUGUGUCUCUGGUCAAAGACCUGGCUCGGCCGGGGGAAAUCACACAGUCCCAGACGUUUGACUUUGAAUUCACACAUGUGGAGAAACCAUAUGAGUCCUACACUGGACAAAAUGUCAAAUUACGCUACUUUCUGAGAGCAACAGUGAGCCGGAGACUGAAUGACAUCAGCAAGGAGCUGGACAUUGUUGUUCACACACUCAGCACCUACCCUGAGCUCAACUCCUCCAUCAAGAUGGAAGUGGGAAUCGAGGACUGUCUACACAUAGAGUUUGAGUACAACAAAUCAAAGUAUCAUCUCAAAGAUGUGAUUGUGGGAAAGAUUUACUUUUUGCUGGUGAGGAUUAAAAUCAGACACAUGGAAAUCGAUAUCAUCAAGAGGGAAACAACAGGCACAGGGCCAAACGUCUACCACGAGAACGACACCAUAGCCAAGUAUGAGAUCAUGGAUGGCGCCCCAGUCCGAGGAGAGUCCAUACCCAUCAGACUGUUUCUGGCCGGCUAUGAGAUGACACCGACUAUGAGAGACAUCAACAAGAAGUUCUCUGUGAGAUACUACCUCAAUCUGGUACUCAUCGAUGAGGAGGAAAGGCGCUAUUUCAAACAGCAGGAGAUCACUCUCUGGAGAAAAGGCGACAUUGUGAGGAAGAGUAUGUCUCACCAAGCAGCCAUCUCCUCCCAGCGCUUCGAAGGCUCCUCCCAUCCAGAGAAGCCGCUGCCCCAGGAUAGCAGGGAGGACGACAGCUAGAGGGCAGCAGCCACUUCGCCCUCUGUGUCAGUGAGUGUCCAGUGUAGGAGCCUUCAGGGUCAGAACUUGGAGAUCAUACGUGUGUUUGCAGUGCCAUGAAACACUGCAGUGUUUUUCACACCGUGUGUUUGUGUGAGUGAAUGAACAAGUGUGAGGCUUCAGACGAACACAACAACGUGGAUUUGACCUGAAAACAAACAGUCAGAACUGAGUUAGGCCAUUAGUUAGAAGUAAAAGUAAGGUUUGAUUGAACAUUCUUUAACUCCCAGCUGGGUGGAGUUUACCACACUGACACUGAUUAGAGAGUGUUAGCUCAUUCUGCUGUCAUUAACAACUGCACAAAAAUUAAACUUAUGAUGUUUCAUAGAAAGUAAUGGUGCGGGGUAAACUUUACUGCGAGAAGCACUUAAAUAUUUGUUGUUUGGCCUCUAGUUUAAAUAUCGUGUGUAUGGAUGUACGUCAGUAUGUCAGAAUGCACCUUGGGUAUUUUUCUAACUCAAACUUUCCUUUCUAAUGCUCGUAUGACUGGACAACUGCACUGUGUAGUAAUUGUAGUUUUUUUGUUUGUUUUUUUUAAAUCACUUCUGUCUUCUCACAGUAAUGUGACUCAUUAAUUUAUGACCGUUUUCCUGCCUCUCGCUUUGCAGCAAAUUAAUUUUUUUCUGCAGAAACAAGAGAAUCACAUUUGUAAAAAAAAAAGAAGAAAUAUUUUCAUACAUUCCACUCUCAUCAUCAAUACACAGCAGAAAGAUUAUUUAUUUUUGAACAAAAAAUAUUUAAUAAAGGGUUGAAUAUGUGUGGUGGGUUAUUUGGUUGUAGGGCAGGUUUAUAACGGCACUACAGUAACGACAGAUACUGCUCUGGGGUCUUUUUUCAGUUUAUCUCUCUGAUCAACUGCUUGUGUGUUCUGUUUAUGAGCUUUCUCAACAGCCUUUUUUUAGACAUCAAGAAUAAUCUGGACAAGUAUUCUUUUUAAACUAACAGAGACAGUAUUAGAUAGUGAUGGUGACCACGUGCCUGAACCUUUGUUGCCAAAACAGUUUCAGUAGAUUAACUAGUGAAUAAUUCCAAGUAGUAGUUCCAGCUGCAUAAACAAGUGAGUGCAUGAGUGAAAAAGACAAGAAAUUAGGAAAUUAAUUGAAAGUAUUUUAUAAAGUAUAUAUUUAUAGAAUAUAUGUUUAAGGUCUACAUUGGGGGGAAUAAAGUCAGCUCCUGUUGCCCUUACUUUUUGCUACAGCCUGCAGCCUUAUGCAUCACAUCCCAAAGCUGUGCAAAAUCUAACACUGUGUUCCAUUAAUGAUUUAGAUGUUUUUAUGUUCCACACCUCUCUCUGCAGUCAGGUCUGUUGUGUUAAAGCAACACAUUUACUGUCAACCGUUCAGAUUUCUGCUGUGUUGAUCUGAGUCAACUGGAAGCUUCAGCUACGGUCAGUGCAGCUUGGCCCUGGAGAUUUUCUCACUAACUGUCGAGUCUGGUUAAAUGUAGGAAACUCUAUCAAAGUUAUGGCAAGAUUUGGUUUCCAGUGGGUUUUAACGCCAUUGGAGUUCUUAUGAAUUUCACUAAAAUACUGAAAAAAUAUUAAAAACAGUUUAUUUUUUCCCCUUUUUUUUUGAAGAGUUAAACUGAUUUAAAGAUUGUUUUUAGCUUUGAUUCAUGAAUUCAAAGAGUUAUAUUGUCAUUUCAGUUUGAACUUACAAUACACAGUAAAAAUGGACAAGAACAACACUGGUGACAGAGGUCCCAGGUGAUGCAAAAAACCCAACAACAUUUAACUAAAUUUUUAAGAACAUUCCAAAAAUGUCUUAGCGACAUUGAGGUCCAGGAUCUUUGGAGACUAACUUACCAACAUUUUCUCAUUUAUAAGUUAUAAGUCCUGUGCAGAAUCCUUUUGGUGAUUUUUGGUAUUUUAUUUCUGCUGAAAAGCAUCAGAUGAUGCUAAACAUUCAUGCUGGAAUCAAUUCUGACUAAGUCCCCAAUAAAAUUGCUUGGCUGAAAUGUAGUCCCAAACCAAAACAGAGCCACAACAGAGCAUUGUUUACCUGAAGAUUCCAACAGACAGAUGAUUGUAACAUGUUUUUGUGAACAGUUAAGAUGAGAAAUCGUUCCAUAUCCUUUGUAAGAGCCUUACAAGAUGUUUUUUUUUUCCUUUUUAAGAAAGGCACUGUGAGAUGUGUCUUCAUAUUUAAAACAUUCUAGCUCAGCAAUUUGUUAAUCUAUAAUCACACCUUUCAGCCUGUCUUUAAUCUUAUCUUCAGAGCCAUGUGUGGAACUGGUUAAGCUCGUGUAUUCUCAGUAAUAUUAUACAUAUUAGAGAAUGAUGAGAUCAUUCUCUGCCAGGUUUGUUUAGGAUAAAACAUGAAAACAAAGUGGACACUCCUGUUUGCUUUCCCAUUUGCUAAAAGAGGCUCAGAGUACAAGAAAUAAUGGUUUAAAAUGACUCCUGAGACAGAGGGACACUUUACACACAGGUGUCCACAACAACAGUUUGGUCAAAGUGGCCUACAGCAGAUGGUCCUCCUACUUUCUAAAGGAUUUUUAAAAAAAUAUGAUUUGCAGUUGAAUCAUGUAAGUGAGCUUUUUCAAACGCUGUAUGCGUGAAGGCGACUGUCUCCAGUUACAGUAUGUCAGACUGCUUUACCAUCAGGCAUCUGUCAGAGGUUACUGCUGUUUUAUUGAUGCACCUCUCACACUCAUCUUUUAAAGGUGAGAUGUAAGACAGCUACUGUGGCCCAGACUAUUCAAAGCCUAAGUGUGGAAAACAUUGACAGACAUGUUUAACUACCUCCUUAAGAAUAGAACAUGGACACCAGAUUGAUGAAGCUGGUUGUAAUUCUCCAUCUUUGAUCACCUGUGUUUUCCUCCAAUUAAUUUUAAUUAAAUUCUAUGACAUUUCUGCCAAGUGGAACGAUAAAUCACCCCACCCCCCUCAGCCAGGUCACUGACAUACAGUCUGUUCAUUGUGAAAUUGUCUCUGUUGUUGCCCCACCAAUUCAGUGUAUUUUAUUUUUGUGGUUACUUUAGCUUGUGUGGCUGUAAUUGUUUUUUGUUUGUUUGUUUUUGUUUGUUUUUUUGUUAUUUCUAGCAGUGCUGGUAUUUACCUGCAGCUGCUAAACUAACCAUAUUUGUAAAAGAGAUUGUUAUGGUAAAGAGCAAUGACCUAAAAAUGCACAGGAUAUUUUAAAUCCACAGUGUAAAUUCAAAUUUAUUUGUUUUUGGGGAUUUUUUUUUCAUGCUGUCUAAGAAUGUUGAUUUUGAAAAUUGUCUAUAUUACUUAUCUUUCCAUUAAAGGGAGUAAGUGAACAUCA